AUGACUUUUCUCGAUAAAAUCGAAGAAAAGAACGAUCGGAAAAGGAAAAGAGAGGGGGCAAAGCAGGUCACUCAACAAUUCCCUCACUAUAUAUUCUUCGAUUUUAGGAGAAAGAGAGAUGGAGAAUUCAGAAAUUUAGAAACUCAGGAAUUAAGAGAUUCUGAAACUUUGAAAUUCAGAAUCUCAGAAUCUCAGAGGCUCAGAAUCUCAGAAUCUCAGAAUCUCAGAAUCUCAGAAUCUCAGAAUCUCAGAAUCUCAGAAUCUCAGAAUCUCAGAAUCUCAGAAUCUCAGAAUCUCAGAUUCUCAGAAUCUCAGAAUCUCAGAAUCUCAGAAUCUCAGAAUCUCAGAAUCUCAGAAUCUCAGAAUCUCAGAAUCUCAGAAUCUCAGAAUCUCAGAAUCUCAGAAUCUCAGAAUCUCAGAAUCUCAGAAUCUCAGAAUCUCAGAAUCUCAGAAUCUCAGAAUCUCAGAAUCUCAGAAUCUCAGAAUCUCAGAAUCUCAGAAUCUCAGAAUCUCAGAAUCUCAGAAUCUCAGAAUCUCAGAAUCUCAGAAUCUCAGAAUCUCAGAAUCUCAGAAUCUCAGAAUCUCAGAAUCUCAGAGGCUCAGAAUCUCAGAAUCUCAGAAUCUCAGAAUUUCAGAAUUUCAGAAUCUCAGAAUCUCAGAAUCUCAGAAUCUCAGAAUCUCAGAAUCUCAGAAUCUCAGAAUCUCAGAAUCUUAGAAUCUCAGAAUCUCAGAAUCUCAGAAUCUCAGAAUCUCAGAGGCUCAGAAUCUCAGAAUCUCAGAAUCUCAGAACCUCAGAAUCUCAGAAUCUCAGAAUCUCAGAAUCUCAGAAUCUCAGAAUCUCAGAAUCUCAGAAUCUCAGAAUCUCAGAAUCUCAGAAUCUCAGAAUCUCAGAAUCUCAGAAUCUCAGAAUCUCAGAAUCUCAGAAUCUCAGAAUCUCAGAAUCUCAGAAUCUCAGAAUCUCAGAAUCUCAGAAUCUCAGAAUCUCAGAAUCUCAGAAUCUCAGAAUCUCAGAAUCUCAGAAUCUCAGAAUCUCAGAAUCUCAGAAUCUCAGAAUCUCAGAAUCUCAGAAUCUCAGAAUCUCAGAAUCUCAAAUCUCAGAGGCUCAGAAUCUCAGAAUCUCAGAAUCUCAGAACCUCAGAAUCUCAGAAUCUCAGAAUCUCAGAAUUUGCAGAAUUUCAGAAUCUCAGAAUCUCAGAAUCUCAGAAUCUCAGAAUCUCAGAAUCUCAGAAUCUCAGAAUCUCAGAAUCUCAGAAUCUCAGAAUCUCAGAAUCUCAGAAUCUCAGAAUCUCAGAAUCUCAGAAUCUCAGAAUCUCAGAAUCUCAGAAUCUCAGAAUCUCAGAAUCUCAGAAUCUCAGAAUCUCAGAAUCUCAGAAUCUCAGAAUCUCAGAAUCUCAGAAUCUCAGAAUCUCAGAAUCUCAGAAUCUCAGAAUCUCAGAAUCUCAGAAUCUCAGAAUCUCAGAAUCUCAGAAUCUCAGAAUCUCAGAAUCUCAGAAUCUCAGAAUCUCAGAAUCUCAGAAUCUCAGAAUCUCAGAAUCUCAGAGGCUCAGAAUCUUAGAAUCUCAGAAUCUCAGAGGCUCAGAAUCUCAGAAUCUCAGAAUCUCAGAAUCUCAGAAUCUUAGAAUCUCAGAAUCUCAAAAUCUCAGAACCUCAGAACUUCAGAAUCUCAGAAUCUCAGAAUCGCAGAAUCUCAGAAUCUCAGAAUCUCAGAAUCCCAGAAUCUCAGAAUCUCAGAAUAUCAGAAUCUCAGAAUCUCAGAAUCUCAGAAUCUUAGAAUCUCAGAAUCUCAGAAUCUCAGAAUCGCAGAAUCUCAGAAUCUCAGAAUCCCAGAAUCUCAGAAUCUCAGAAUCUCAGAAUCUCAGAAUCUCAGAAUCUCAGAAUCUCAGAAUCUCAGAAUCUUAG